CGUCUAUCGCCCUUGUCCCCCAGCGACGCCAUGAGGCACGAUCACAUGCAGGCCUGGUCGCCGCAGGAGGAUCGCGUCAUCCUCCAGAUGUAUCAGACCGAGGGCCGCAAAUGGGGUCGGAUCGCGUCCGCGCUCCCAGGCCGCAGCUCGGCCUCUGUGCGCAACCGCUUCCUCCGGAUUGAAAAGGGGCAGACUCUGCGCGAGCUAGGGCUCUCCAAGAAUCGCUGCGCCGCGUGCGGGCAGCAAAAGCUAGGCCACGUAUGCCAAGUCAAGCUCUCACCGCUGCCCGUACGACCGAACCUCGUGGCCAACCCUUCGCUUCUGAAGCUUCCGCAAGCGUUCGCCACGCCGAUCCCUCCGUCAGAGGCGCCGUUCCUCGACCCGCGCCUGCCAGCGGUGUACGUCUCGCCGCUGCAGCACCCAAACUCGCCGCCCUCGUACGCUACGCACACCUCGUUUCGGUUUCCCGCCGACUCCUCGCAGCAGCUGUGGAUCGCGCCCGCAGCAGCGCCGUCGCCGCUUCUCCCCUCGAUGGUCCCGAGGGGCAUGUCGCCGCCGCUGUCGGCCACGGCCACCGUGACCACCGGACCGACCGUCGGCUUUGGGCACGCGCGGCCCGACCGGGCGGAGCCAGCCACCAAGCGCAAGCGCGAGGGUGAGGCCGACCGGGUGGCGGGCAGCGCGCCGGCGACGGCUCCUGCGGUGGUUGCGGCCGAGGCGGCAGAGGGGCUGGCGGCGCUUUUCGCCGAGAACCUGCCGCCGCCGCGAGGGGAAAGCGGCCGCGCCAGAACGGCGUGGCAGGUGUCAGCUGGCGACGGGCCGCCGCCGAUUAUGCGGCGCAACAGCUCAAAGAGCUUUGACGGGUUGCGCCGCCCCCUCGAGCCGGCGGACAAUAUGCUCGAGGACAUGAUGGUGGCGGAGCUGGCCGCGCAGACGGCGUAGGCGGCCGAGGCGCACAUUCCUACUACCGCCGCCGCCGUCGACGUGUUCACUUCCUCAGAGGAGCUGGGGUGGCUGCACCGCCUCCGUAUUGCUCCGGCCUUGGAGAGAGGGUUUCGGCGAACCAAGGUGGCCUCUGGAGAAGAGCUGCCUAUUGUCCACUCGACACGAUUUACCACGCCGUCGUGAUCGGCCGUGUCGGAAGUGUGCGCCAGUGCAUCGAUCGGCCGUGUCGGAAAUGUGCAUUUGCGUGCAUGCCCCAUCAGUGCCCCAUAUCCCGCACACUCAAACACUUCUCAGAUCGUCAGUCUCAACGUCAGGCCGCUUCCAGUACUGUGUAUACGAAAGAGCAGGUGGCAAAAGAACGAAGAGUUCUCCGCUG